AUGUUGUACAAGAGGCUUAUUACUGCUCUCACAAAUAGUGCGAAGGCGUCCCAGAAUGCAGGAAUCACAACGACUGCCCGUAGCAUGGCAGUUGGUGGUUCAGACGUGUCGAAGAUCCUUGAAGAGCGUAUUUUGGGUCAAGAGAGCAGCAUCAAACUCGAAGAAACUGGAAAGGUCCUCUCCAUCGGAGACGGUAUUGCACGCGUCUAUGGUCUGAAGAACAUUCAGACUGAAGAAAUGGUGGAGUUUGACUCAGCUAUCAUGGGAAUGGCACUCAACUUGGAGUCUGACAACGUAGGAGUUGUAGUGUACGGUAACGAUAAGGUUAUUAGGGAAGGAGAUCUCGUAAAGCGUACCGAUGCUAUCGUCGAAGUGCAUGUUGGAGUAGCUCUGCUCGGACGUUUCGUUGAUGCCCUUGGGACACCCAUUGACGGAAAAGACCCAGUUGCUUGCAAGACUCCUGUUGACUCACUCGUACCUAUCGGUCGUGGACAACGUGAACUGAUCAUCGGAGAUCGUCAGACUGGAAAGACGGCUAUCGCCAUUGACACAAUCAUCAACCAGGCUCGUUGCAACGCUGGUGCCGAUGAGAAAAAGAAGCUGUACUGUAUUUACGUCGCUAUCGGACAGAAACGAUCCACCUUCUUGGCUCCAUACUCUGGAUGUGUCAUGGGAAUGUUUUUCCGUGAUAACGGAAAACACGCUCUGUUCAUCUACGAUGACUUGUCCAAGCAAGCUGUAGACUACCGUCAGAUGUCUUUGCUUCUGCGUCUUCCUCCUGGCCGUGAAGCCUACCCUGGUGAUGUCUUCUACCUUCACUCCCGCCUACUCGAACGUGCCACCAAAAUGAACGACUCCCAUGGUGGUGGAUCUUUGACUGCUCUUCCAGUUAUUGAGACACAAGCUGGUGAUGUAUCUGCUUAUAUUCCCUCCAAUGUGAUUUCCAUUACUGAUGGACAAAUCUUCCUUGAGACCGAGUUGUUCUACAAGGGAGUUCGACCAGCUAUCAAUGAGGGACAGUAUGUACCGAUGGCUAUUGAGGAACAGGUUGCUGUCAUCUAUGCCGGAGUCAAAGGUCACCUUGACAAGGUCGACCCAUCGUUGAUCACUAAAUUCGAGAAGGAAUUCCUCGCGCACAUCCGUUCAUCACAACAGGACCUGCUGAAGACCAUUCACAACGAAGGCCAAAUUUCACCAGCCACCGAUGUUAAGUUGAAGAAGGUGGUCGUGAACUUCCUGGCUACGUUUAAAGCCUAA